AUGUUCAAAAAGUCUCUGAUAUUUUUGCUAAUAUCCAUAUUUAGCAUAGCCCUAGUUGUAUACAAGAGAGUAAAACAUGAAAGAUUGAAUGGGGAGUACUAUAAAGGGGGGGGAAAUACCGGUGGUGCAGGAGGCAGGCCUGCAUGGGGAGGCAGGGAUGUGUGUAGCUUGAGUGGAGAAGUUUGCACCGUGGAUUAUAGCGGUAGUGGUAUCGAACAGGAUGAAUACAAAAUUGUACAUUACAAAGGCACACGAAUUAACAGAAUGAAGAAAGGACUCAAGCGAAUGUUCCAACCCUUAUACAGAGAAAUGAAAAUUGAAAAGAAUACCAAGCAUAUCAUUUCUUUAUUUUUAGAGUUUUUUGAAAAUUCUAAAGUUUUCCUAACUGUCUUCUUGCGCUCCAGUUAUCAGAUGCUUUACGCCUACGGAAUACUGUUAAUAUCUUUGCUGAAAAUUUUAUUUUUAUGGUACAUAAUUUUAGAGCCAUAUAUACACUGGAUCCUUCGGAAGCUAAAAAUAAUGUAUAUGAAUUUGGACAACAAAACGAAGAAGUACGUUAUAACCAUGCUGUGCACGUUUUUAACUUUUCUAUAUCUGACUUAUUCUGGAGUUAUAAAAUAUAUUUUAAAUAAAAUUUCCAAGUCUUACAUAUAUUUGCUGAAGAAAGUGUUUAGAAUUAAUAAAUUUCUUUUCAAUAUAUUACCGUAUUUGUUGAGCUCCUUGUUGUACGUCACUUUGGUGAAAACCCUACCGAUGUCGUUCAUUUCGUUUUUUAUUUAUUCAAUUUUUUUCCCCCUGCCCUCCGUCUACUCUGUGGUUAUCAUUUUGAAAUAUGUGUACCCGUCAAAAAUUAGCGAGUUUCUUAUGGAUAACGUUACACAGAAAUUGAAUUCUUCCAAAUAUAUUAAUAAUAUCCUAAGUCAGUAUUCCAGCCUGAGGGACAGCGAGCUGGCGGAAGAAGACCAUGUUGAAAAGGCGGACGAAGGUGAAAAAGCAGGUGAAGAGGAAAAGUCUGACGAACGUGAAAAAACGCAAGAAGUUAAACAAGUAGAGGAACGUGAAAAAACAGGUGAAGCAGGAAAAGAGAAUGAAGUUGAAAAAACGGAAAAAGUAGAAAACGCAGGUGAAGACGAAAAUGUGCAUGAUGUUAAAAAAGAAAAUGAUCACACAACAACCGAACUGAAAACGGGCGAGCUGCAGGCUGACAACGCCAGCGCCCCAAAAAAGAAAAGGUUCUCCCUCAUCAGCCUGGAAAGUUUUGGCUUUAGCUACAGAAGGAAGGACCGAAGCGGAAAAUCAGUCGCAAACGAAAACCCGAACAACGGGUCCAUAGGAGACAGCCCCACGAGCAAUCGCAGGCAAAGCAGCAUUGGCGAAUCAGUAGGGGAUUCCAAAUAUGGGGAAGAUAACAGACACUCGCACUACGAUGUGCCCAUUUUACUAGAAUAUUGGCUCUUUAUAAACAUUUUAAAAUUUUUAAACUUUUUUUUCUUUUUCCGCAAUUAUAACAAAACUUCCUUCAUGUUUGAGUAUUUUACCCUGUUCCUAAUAUGCCUGAACGUUAGCGAAAAGUUGCACGAAUUUAUCUUCCUAAAAGAUUACAAAUCGUCCAUCGUCGUUCGCAUUUUGAAGAGUGUGUUAGUCAGCACAGUUGAUUUUGUCUUAUACACCUUAUUCAACGUCAGACUAGGAAGCGCAGAAAAGAAAGGGAAGAAAAACGAAGAGCAAGAUACGCAAUAUAACGAGAAAAGCAAUAUACUAAUUAAUUUGUCAAGGAUAAUAAAGGAUAAGUUGAAGUUAAACGAAACAGUUAAAUUCAGCCUUACCUGUCUCAAGUCAGUCAUUAUGGAGAAUGUGGUUGACACUGUUCAGCUGCCAUUUUAUGUAAAAAUUUUUAUUAACCUCUUAAUAUACAUGCCACAGCUUGCCCUUUUAAUUUUCCCAUCCUUUAUCCUUAAAAUAUAUUUUGCUUAUUUCUUUUUUAUUUUCCCAAUAUUUGGAUCUCUCAAAUGUUUAGAGGAUAAGCAUGCAAUACAUAACAAAAUUUACUUCAUAUGUUAUUUUUUCUUUUACAAUAUUGCCUCGGCCAUUGUAAACCAUGCCUUUUUCCGGUUUUUGCCUUUUUACAAUUUAUACAAAAUUUUAAUUACGAUAUUUGUUCAAACUGUUCUUAAAUACAUUCUUAAUGUCCUUAAGGUGCAGAACUGA